GCUCUCUCGCGAGCUGCACUGGCCAACGGCAGCAUUCUCUGCCUUGAGGUCUCCUCCCUCCUACUGGCUUUGUCAGCCCUCCGGCCCCCGCCAUGGGAAACGAGGCCAGCUACCAUUCCGAGAUGGGCAACAACUUCGACCACGAUGAGAUUAGAAGGCUGUGGAAAAGCUUCAGGAAGAUGGACUUGGACAAAUCGGGGUCCCUGAGCACAGAAGAGUUUAUGUCGCUGCCUGAGCUGCAGCAGAACCCUCUGGUGGGUAGAGUGAUCGACAUCUUCGACACGGAUGGCAACGGGGAAGUGGACUUCCACGAGUUCAUCGUGGGCACCUCGCAGUUCAGCGUCAAGGGCGACGAAGAGCAGAAGCUAAGGUUCGCCUUCCAAAUCUAUGACAUGGACAAAGAUGGCUACAUCUCCAACGGGGAGCUCUUCCAGGUGCUGAAGAUGAUGGUGGGUAACAACCUCAAGGACUGGCAGCUGCAGCAGCUAGUGGACAAAACCAUCUUGGUCCAUGAUCAGGACGGUGAUGGCCGGAUCUCCUUUCCGGAGUUCUGUGAUGUGGUCAGAAAUAUGGAGAUACACAAGAAGUUGGUCGUGUUUGUGUGA